AUGGAGUCGACUGCUUUAAGUGGAAGAAUGGCCCAAUGGCAAAUUUUUCUUUCCGAGUUCGACAUAGUGUAUGUGAACCAGAAGGCUGUAAAAGGGAGUGCAAUAGCAGAUUUUCUUGCCAGCAAAGCUUUAGAUGAUUACGAGUCUUUAAGCUUUGAUUUCCCUAAUGAAGAUCUAAUGUAUGUGGCAACUACCAAAGAAGACACUUCAGAAGAUCAUUCUUGGAAGCUGAAUUUUGACGGGGCGUCAAACGCUUACGAAGCAUGUAUCAUGAGAAUCCGUAUAGCCAUCGAACGUAAAAUCAGGGUGUUAGAGGUGUAUGGGGAUUCUGCACUGGUGAUCUAUCAGUUCAAAGGUGAAUGGGAAACAAGGGACCCUAAGUUAAUUAGUUACCGGAAGCUAGACCUGGAGUUAAUUGAAGGGUUUGAUGAUAUCACUUUCUAUUAUCUCCCGCGAGACAAAAACCAGAUGGCUGAUACCUUGGCGACGUUAGCUUCUAUGAUCAAAUUAAAUGGACGAGAGGAUAUGAAGCUAGUCCAAAUGAGUAUUUGUGAGACUUCAGCUCAUUGCUGCAAUAUUGAUGUAGAAGAGGAGAGUGAUGAUUAUCCUUGGUAUCAUGAUAUUCUACGAUAUGUGAAGAGCCGUGAAUAUCCUGAUCAGGCAACUAAAAAUGAUAGGGGAACGUUAAGGAGGCUGGCCAGCGACUAUGUCUUAGACGGAGAGAUCUUGUAUAAAAGGAGGAAAGAUCAGGUGCUGCUAAGAUGUGUUGACGCUGUUGAAGCUAGGAAAAUCCUAGAAGAAGUCCAUGAAGAGGCUACUUCAUACGCCAACGUCACAAAUUCAGCGAUCAGCAAGUUCUUGAAGAAGGAGAUCAUAUGUCGAGAUGGCAUGCCAGAAAGGAUCAUAUCUGAUAACACGUUGAAUUUGAAUAACAGUGUGAUAGUAGAGUCAAAGAUAUUGGUUGAACAGGAAGGAUAUCACCUCAAUAACAGAAAUGAGCAAAGCAUAAGAAGGGAUCCUUCUCAGAAAGAGAAAGGAUAUUCCUCAUCCAUGCAAAUAUCAGAUGGAUACAUCUGGUCAUGA